AUGGAAUCUUUGCCCCUGGAGCUGAAAUCUCAAGUGGAGAGUAUCAUUUCCUCUUUUCCCCCGAGCAAACCAACGUUUGAUGCAUUGAUAGAGCAUUUCACACAGGAUGAUCCCAAGAGAAGAAAGAUCUCGGCUUUACCGACGGAGUCGUUACCCCCAUCUUUGCAAGACUUCCAUAUCGUCCUGCAAAUACCAGAGCUGUCUCUGCAAUCGCCGAUCAGGAAGAAGUUGAACCUGAUCUUUGCCACGCCCAAGAACGCCAAGAGUCCAGCUUUGGUGCUCUCGAAGGGUGUGGAUACCCAGCCCGAGAUAAUGCUGGAUAAUUUGAGCUCCGGAAAUGUCACUUUCGCGGCAAUAUUGAGAGUGCCGGAGAAGAAGGAGCUGCGCAACCUGCUGAUCUUCUACAAGCAGAAUAGAGGUGACAUGUUCAAAAACGAGCCCAUCCUGAUACAGUAUAACGAUACUCUGCUGAAUGAACAAUUUUCGCCAAUUCUCCAAAAGAUGGACUUUGGAACCUAUCUUCAAAGACAGUGUUCUCUGUGUGGAUUCCAAUUGAUCGAUUCCACCUCAAAAGAGAUGAGGUCUUUCUUUGUGGAUGCCUACAAAGGUUCCAAGGAAGGAACGCUUUAUUUCCUUCCCAACCAUAUAAUUUUUGGGUUCAAGAAGCCCAUUCUCAUGUUCAAAUCUACGGACAUAGACAGCAUCACGUACACCUCGAUCACGCGGGUGACGUUCAAUGUGACCCUGAUGAUUGUCCCAGCCGACGGGGACCCCGAGAACAGCGACAGGUUCGAGUUCUCGAUGAUAGAUCAGCAAGAGUUCAACAAAAUUGACCAGUACGUUAGAAGCAAGGAAUUUAGAGAUAGAUCUAUGACAGAGGAGCUGAAGGCUAAAAUUAAGAUGAAGAACGCAGACAAGCCUGGUGCGCUAGCCGAGGCCGCCAGAAUGGUUCCUGGUGGGGCACAAAUAGUGGACGGAGUCAAAAUAGACGAUCAGGACUCUGAUGAUCCGGAGGACGAGAAUUAUCAGUUUGCAAAUGAGGAGGGUGAGAGUGAAAUCUCCGGAGAAGAAAACAGUGAAGAUGAUGAUGAAGAUGGAGAUGAGGACAGUAAUGACGACUCAGAGGACGAUUCUGGAGAGGACGAAGGUGAGGAUGAAAAUGAUGAUAUAGACCUAGGAGAUUCGGAAUAG